AUGACCUCUGCAACGACGGGUAAUCAUGACCGAAACGGUGAUAUCGAAAUGCUCGCUUUCCCGCCGCAGACGGUGGGGACGGCCCAAGUACCCGAUGUUGACAGGGAAGUAGAGGUGCUGCACAGUGAUAUCGAGGAGAAGAAAUAUGAGCAACAAGACGCUACGGUGCAAGAGUCAAUUCGGCUGGAAUGGGACAAGCGCUGCUAUUUUCCGGAUGCGAAGCGACAGAUUGACUACGUGCUGGCCUAUGAGGACGACGUCGAAUUCACCGAUUCCUGCGAUUCUCCAACCCUCGACAGUUCCGAUGAAGAAGACAGCAACAAACCGAACACAACCCAAAACCCAGCGAAUGGCGGCUUCAUGUCGUGGAAGCGCAAGAAGAAGGCGCAGAUCCAGCUCGAAAAGAAGAGCACGAGGCGUCGCAAGUUUUUGGAAAACCUGGAAACGAUGGGGCUGAACUUGGAGCAUUGCCAGGCGGAGCUGGGAAACACGAAAUACGUGCUCGUACAUGCGCCGUUUGAGCUACUCGAGAAGCAGGCUCAAUUGCUGACGGUCAAGCUGCCCGUCAAGAGGAGUGACGUGGACAUGGAGGAGCGCAACAUCUUGCCCGGAUUUGUCGAUCGCCUGCUAAAUCGGCUGAAAAUCUUCGAAUUUGACGAGCACACCAACCAACUGCUCAACGAACCCGAAUAUUUCACGGCGCCCUACUCCUCGGAUCGGAGAAAACAAUUUGUCAAUUGGGAUCGCCCGGAUUUGCUGUUUCCCAAUGCCGAGCGCUGUCGCAUGGUCUACGAUUUGCUGAUUCGAGCAAGAUAUGAUUCCCUCAUCAACGCGCCGGAAGCCCAUUUUCGAGUUGGUAUCGAGCGCCUUCUCGCCAAUGGAACGUUUAGCGCCGCUUACCCAUUACAUCAGGAAUUCCGCUCCCGCAGCGAGAUCAAAGACGAGGACCGGACCCAACGGGAGCUGCUCUACACCCAUUGGGCCAGCUGGAGGAAUUUCUGCAAGUAUCAGCCGCUGGAUCUUGUCAAACGCUAUUUCGGUACAAAGGUCGGGCUGUAUUUUGCGUGGCUCGGCUACUAUACAAGAGCGCUUUAUCCGGCAGCGCUGAUCGGAUUGCUGUCACUGAUGUUCGGCAUCUACCACGUGACCGGGGAUGAUGUCAGCAACGAUAUCUGUAACGAUGACGGCAUAGGUGGACGAGAAUGGGUUUGCCCGCACUGUGUCUCACACGCGUGCAACUAUCAGAAGCUCCAGGGCAGCUGUUUGUACUCGAAGGUAUCAUUCCUGUUCGACAACACCUCCACCGUCAUCUUCGCCGUGUGCAUGUCGAUAUGGGCCACCCUGUUCCUGGAAGGCUGGAAGCGGUACCACGCUGAAGUGGCUUGGAAAUGGGGUCUCGUCGAUUUUGUGAUUGAAGAGGAAACCGUACGCCCCGAGUUUCAACUUCGCGUCAAGACCAAGCGGUUCAACCCGAUCACCCAACAAGAGGAGCCCUACCUUUCGAUGGAGAAGAAAACGAAGAACAUUUUUGCCAGUGGCGCCACAGUUCUAUUUUUCAUCUGCCUUGUUCUGGCGGUCGUCUUCGGCAUGGUCGUCUACCGCGUGAUCGCCUAUGAAUUCUUGAACUCGCGCGACAACGCCGACCUCGACCAGUUCAGCUUCAUCAUCGUUUCCGUGACGGCGGCCACCCUGAAUAUGUUCGUCAUCUUGCCGAUGAACAUGUUUUACAACAAGCUGGCCCAUUGGCUGACCAGAUGGGAAUGUCCGAGGACACAGGCUGAUUUCGAUAACCAAUACACCUUCAAGGUCUUCCUCUUCCAAUUCGUCAACUACUACUCCUCGCUCUUCUAUAUCGCCUUCUUCAAGGGAGCAUUUACGGCCAAUCCGAAGCACGCGUACUACGGCUUAACGUUAGAGGGCUGCGACUCGGCGGGUUGCUUCGCCGAGCUCGUCAUCCAGCUGAUCAUCAUCAUGUGCGGCAAGCAGUUCUUCUCGGCGUUCAUGGAGACUCUCUACCCGAAAAUCAUGAGCAAGAUCCGGGAGUAUCGUUUCAUCGUUCGGGGCGAGGAGUCGAAGCGCGAGCGUAUGGAGCGUGAGGCGCAGAAAAGGAGGUUGAGCCGAUCCCGCUCAACUAGGACCCGGGGUGGCUAUUCGAGCCUCAGAUUUGCCAUCCAGCAAAAGCUUUCGCGAUGGGAAACCGACUACUACCUCAGCCCAGUCUACGAUCAAUUUCUCUUCGAUGAAUACCUGGAAAUGGUGCUCCAAUUCGGCUUCGUGACGCUGUUCGUCGCCGCCUUCCCCCUGGCCCCACUUUUCGCCGUCCUCAACAACAUCAUGGAGAUCCGCCUCGACGCGUACAAGUUCCUCGUCCAUGUGCAACGUCCGCUGCCGGCCUUGGCGAAAAAUAUCGGCAUCUGGCUGCCAAUCUUGGACGGCAUCAGCAAGUGCAGUGUGACGAUUAAUGCGCUCGUCAUUGCAUUCACCUCCGACUUCGUGCCACGCACGUACUACUUUUUCACGCACGGCUACGACAUGGCUGGGUAUGUUGACUACUCGCUAGCCUACUUCAACACCACCCAUUUCCCCGAAAAGACGAUGGGUGCAUUUUAUGCCAGCGCGCAGAACGUGACAAUGUGCAGAUACCGCGGCUUUUUCCGGCACCCAUGUGCUGGCCCCAACGACACCACGCUGUACAACAACGAACUGUGCUCCGACGACUACGCCCGCAGCCAGGAGUGGUGGCACAUUUUUGCGUAUCGCCUGCUGUUCGUCGUACUGUUUGAGCACCUCGUCUUUGUGCUGAAGGGCCUGAUCGCCUACCUGAUCCCCGACAUCCCCACCAAGAUCUUCAUCCAGCAGCAGCGCGAGAAAUACCUUGCCCGCCAGGCGCUGAUCGCACAGGGCAUUGCCUCCGGAAACCAGCACAAUGAAAACGACUCUGAGGCGACGGCCUACCAGCCGGGCUCCGAUCUCAAACCACCGAAAGGCGUCGCAACAGUACAGACUUUUGCCACCAACCCCGCCAAUCCUACAACGGUGGUCCAAUUCGCGCCAAUCAUUGCACAUCGCCGCUCGACGACCAGCGAGGGACCCCUCCGCUCCACUCCCUCAAAUGAAUCAUUUGUAACUGCCCAAUACGGCAGCAACCAUGACAUCAACGCCCAAAAUGACAAAUUU